CUGGAGUUGGGAAUGACAUCUGCGAGGAGGAGGAGGAGGUUUGCUGCCGUGUCCGAUUCACGAGCAAAUAGUCUGUUAGAGUGAAACCGAGACUAGAAAAGUAGAUCCCGAACCUCGACUGGUUGUAAGAAAGUGACUCUGUACGAGGUUUCACUCGGAUUUGUCUGCUAAAAGAGGACGCGCGGGGCGCAGGAAAGGAGUGUCAUGGCCGCCCCGUUUACUGAGCUGCCCUCCUAGACUCGCCCCAUCUCUAGAUACACAUACCAUAACGUCCACCGAAUUCACACACGCCCACUCCCAGGCAUGACGACCUCCCAUCUGAACGGCCAUGUCACCGAGGGAGGAGGAAGAGGAGGAGGAGGAGGAGGAGGAGAUGAAGAGCCGAGGGGAGGACAGCAGCAUCGGGAGAUGGCCGUUGACUGUCCAGGAGAGCUGGGGAGUCGAACGCUGCCGAUCCGACGCUCUACACAGCUGGAGAGGAUACGACAGCACCAGGAGGAUCUGCGGCGUCGCAGAGAGGAGGAGGGUCGGCAGCUGGACCUGAACGCCUCGCUCCGACUCAGGAAGCUCUCCCAGCAUCCCCACAUCGGCAUCGACAACCCCACAUUCCUGCAAGACUCGCACACAUCACAGCAACUGCCACUCAGCAUUCAGCACACUCAUGCACUACUGGAGUUGGAGGAGCUGCUGCUGUCCCUGAAGCAGGUCCGAGGCAGCCUGUCCGACCAGCAGAGUCAGAAUGACGUGGAGCUGGUCCUCGCACUACUGAACAAGUCUGACUUCCAGUCAGCGCUGAAGAUCCAUAAUGCCGUGGCCACCAGCAUGCACCGGCCCUCUCCUCCGUACCCACACACACAGCAGGCUCUUCAGCUGGCCCUGGAGACAAGGAGUCUCAUCCAGUCAAGUCAGAACAAAGAGGGCCUGGAGCUCCACCGCCUGCUGUCAGACACACACAUCCAGUCAUUGCUGCUGGCCCAUGACAGCAUAGCGGAGACGGAGAUGCAGCUUGAGCCGCUGCCCUCCGAAGGAGAGACUCUGACCCAGUGGGGAGGAGAGACUGUGAAGAUAGUUCGCAUCGAGAAAGCCCAGGACGUCCCUCUGGGGGCGACUGUCCGUAAUGAGAUGGAAAGUGUCGUGAUCAGUCGCAUCGUUCGAGGAGGAGCAGCUGAACGGAGCGGACUCCUAUCAGAAGGAGAUGAAGUACUGGAGAUAAACGGCGUGGAAAUCAGAGGGAAAGAUGUCAACCAAGUGUUUGACAUACUUGCGGACAUGCACGGCCUGCUGACCUUUGUGCUUAUUCCCAGCACUCAGAGCAAACCUCCUCCUGUCAAAGAGUCUGUGAUCCACGUCAAGGCCCAUUUCGAUUACGACCCAUCAGAUGACCCCUACGUACCAUGCAGAGAGCUGGGCUUGUCCUUCCAGAAAGGAGAUAUUCUGCACAUAAUCAGCCAGUCAGACCCCAAUUGGUGGCAGGCGUACCGGGAUGGAGACGAGGACAACCAGCCUCUAGCGGGACUGGUACCAGGGAAGAGUUUCCAGCAGCAAAGAGAGGCCAUGAAACAGACCAUAGAAGAAGACAAGGAGCCGGAGAAGACUGGGAAGCUGUGGUGUGCAAAGAAGAACAAGCGGAAGAGAAAGAAGCUGCUGUACAACACUAACAGGAAUGAUGACCUUGAUAACGAGGAGGUUCUCACCUAUGAGGAGAUGGCUCUGUACCACCAGCCGGCCAACAGGAAGCGGCCCAUCGCACUCAUUGGUCCAGCCAGUUGCGGCCAGGCGGAGCUUAGACAGAGACUGCUCAACAGCCAACCAGAACGCUUCGCUGGAGCUGUGCCCCACACCACACGGAGCCGCCGGGAUUGCGAGCUGAGUGGCCGCGAUUACCACUUUGUGUCUCGUCAGACUUUUGAGGCGGAGCUGGCAGCAGGGAAGCUGAUAGAGUCCGGAGACUUUGAGAAGAACCUGUACGGGACGAGUACAGACUCAGUGAGACAGGUCAUCAAUACUGGAAAGAUCUGUGUGCUUUGUCUGCACACACAGGCUCUGAAGGUGCUCAGGAGUUCUGACUUGAAGCCGUAUAUAAUCUUCAUAGCUCCGCCCUCCCAGGAAAGACUCCGAGCCCUUUUGGCUAAAGACAACAAGAACCCCAAGCCCGAGGAGCUGCGGGACGUCAUUGAGAAGGCGCGGGAGAUGGAGCAGAGCUGUGGUCACCUGUUUGAUGGCGUCAUCACCAACACGGACCAGGACAAAGCCUUCAACGAGCUGCUACGACUCAUCAACAAGCUGGACACUGAGCCCCAGUGGGUGCCUUGCUCCUGGCUGCGCUGAGAACACACACUCACCGACACACACAGCAGUCACAGGGAGUCACACUGCUGAGCUUCAAUGGAGUAUUAAGGCCACCGCCAGGAGAGAACAAGUCCUUUUACAGUUGAAAUUAUUCGAGACAAAGUCAUUUUAAGGGGAAACAUCCCAAUAUUGAAACCUAAAGUGGUUAUUUAACAAUACAAUGUCAUAAUGUUAAGAGAUAAAUGAUAAAACAACCAUCAUAUGAAUUAACUUAGUUUUAGAAGAAAGUGUUAAUAUUAUGAGAUAAUUUUCAAGACUAAGCAAAGGACAAGUUCUAAUAUUAAGAAAUUCAAUUGGAUUUUCACCUGAAAGAAUUCUACACAUUUUUACUCUAUGACUUUUUCUCAUGAAACCCUCUUUUCUUGUAAUAUUAUUUUACUUAAAACUACAACUGCAGUUAACAGUAUAUUCUUGAAAUAACAAGUGUCUUCCUUUAGAAAACUAUGACCUUAUUUCAGUUAGAUCUUACCAACAAGAUCAUACAUUUCUUGUUGAAAUGUGACUUUUGUUGUAAUUCCCACUUUAAUGUCGGAACAUCUUGACUUUUGUCUUUUCUGACCUUUGACCCUGACACUCCGUUGUUCUGCAGAGUACAAGUAGUAGAAUGUAUUGACCUGUUGGCACUGUAAAGGACAAAUCUACAGGUGGAUUAGCUUUGUGUGAAUGGACAGAUGUUGGUUGGUGUGUGACUGGUCCAUCCCGUUCAUUUCCACCCAGGACAUUUAUGCCACACUCAUCUCUUACUUAUUAUAUUCAUUCUUAGAGACCAAAAUAUGGACCUUUUUUUUCUUCUUUACUUCUAGCUCUUACUCCAAAAUGUGAGGCCUCGUUCACGACGCACCCUUUGCCUUGAUUCUGUCAGCAUUUCAAUAGUUUCCAAUAUUUAAAUGAUCACGUUCACUAUUAUUUGAACUUGUUGCAGUGCAGAGAGACCGUAAAGAAUUAGAUUUUGUGUUGAGGCGUUUUUAGUUUUUGUCUGAAACCGUUGGGCCCUGAGCUCAGAAGAGGCGCCUGGUGAGAAGUACAUGUGACACUGAGAUUCAUGAAGUGCUCCUUUAGAUCCACGCUGCGAAGAACACACACACGCACACACACACACACACACGCACACACAGUGCAUUAGACGCUGACUUCACCCAGAAGUCUUUGUGGCCUGAUGCUGCAGCCUUCUUCACACUGACUGAGCUUUCUGUUGAGACGCUAACAAUUGAACACUAAAACAAAGGACAGAGCACUUGAUACUUCCUCUCUGACGGCUUCGUCUUUCUGUCCUGUGUGAUCACAUUUAGGUAGUAGUGACGUCUGAGCCUGUGUGGGUACAGGAAACCAGGAAGUUGUAGUUUUAGUUGUGAUGCUGAAGUUAUUAUAUAUUUAGUGUGUGUGUGUGUGUGUUGUGUGAAUGGAUUUGUGUGUGUGUGCCUGUCUUUGAAGACAGCAAAGUAUUAUUAUGAUCUGAAAUAGACCUGACAAAAUAUCACUCAUCACUGGCUAGAGCAUUUAUAUAUUUGUAAUAUUGAAAAAUAGAUUUAUGAAGUCCAGAAUGCACCAAUGGGAUUGCAGGUUUCACCUUUUGCCUCAACUGCCAUUGGUCCAGGAGGAGGAGGAGGCGGGGCUAAGCGAAUUAACUGUGUUGAAUGUAAAGUUAAUCGAUACCACAUGUUUAUCAGACAUCACUUCUUGAGUAAAUCUGCUUUUUGUAUGAAUAUUCAAAAUGAAUAAAUAAAUAGAUGGUUAAUUGAAAA